AUGAACAAAUUCCAAGAAAAUAAUUCCAACCCCCAAAAUACUAAUUCCCAAAACAAUUCCCAAACCCAAAAUAAUCCUCCUAAUGAUCAAGAACCAAGUUUAAUGAGUAUUUUAAGCAGUGUUUUAACUCCUUUAGUUCCUACCUUAGUGGCUAAACUAACUGGACAAAAAUUACCAGCCAUAACUAAUCCCGUUCCUAAUGAUCAGUCUUCACAACAAUUAUUUCCUGUUUUACAAAGUAUGAUUGAUACUCAAAAUCUGCUUUUACAAGAAAUUGUUUUGUUAAAAAGAAAUGAUCAAAACAUCGCAAAUAGUUUCCAAAGUUUACGAUUAACUCACGAAAAAAAGCAAAUUGAAUUAGGAACUAAUCAAGUUUAUAAACUAGAACUAAAUUUACCGCUUUUGCUACCAAAAUUGGAAGAAGUUUUUGGUGUAGAUCCACAUUCGGUAGUGCUUCCUUUAUUACUUCAGUUAAUUACUCCGGCUUACAAUUUUAGUGAACAACACCAAAACUUGACCGGUUUAUUCUUAGGAAGAGAUCCUGAUUAUCGCACCUUAGAAUGUGAACUGCGAGAUAGGUAUGCAGAAGAAGAAUUACCGGACAAAAAUUAUUUAGCCGAAGAGAUUGCUCUGUGA